AGCCGUUUCGGCUCAACGCGUAUUUUGGGAGCAGGCAUUGUAAUCUUGUUGGCUCGAUAUUUGCUUGAAACUCGUCGUUGCCAAUGACGGUCACCGUGAAGCGCGUAAUGGUUGCAGGCUUGGCCGUUAUGCUGUUUGCUUUGGCGCACUUCUGGCGGCGGGAACUGGUGCAAUUGCUUGUGGCCCUCAUGGUUGCCGCAGAGGCACUUGGGUAUGUGGGCAUGCUCUUGUAUGCACUGUUCUUUGUGGCGGCCACUUUGGUUAUGGUACCUACGGCACCGCUCGAGAUGGCAGGCGGUCUGCUCUAUGCGCAGCGCGAGGGACUCGCCACUGCCAUCGCACUGGCAGCAGCUGCAAAAAUUACAUCAGGUGCCGUGGCAUUUGUUCUUGGCCGCACGUUGCUUGCUCGGGUUGUGGAGGAGCGUGUGCUGCCGCGGUUUCCAAUAUUCAGGGCGACGACGCGAGCCAUCAAAACGGAGCCCUUCAAGAUGAUUUGCCUUGUGCGCUUCGCGCCAAUACCCACGAUUGCGAAGAGUUUGGGGUUGGCGGCGUGUGGUGCGCCGUUCCUUGAUUUCCUCAUCGCCUCCGCGAUAUUCGGCGUACCUUGGAGCGUCAUAGGCGUGCUCGCAGGUUCGUCGCUGGCCUCGUUUGCAGAGAUCUUUGAUGGUAGGGGCGAGGACCGCAUUGCUGAGAUGAUACGGCCAUGGAAAGAAAUGCCGAUCGUAUUGGGAGCAUUAGGAAUUGUGCUCUGCGGCAGUCUUUUUUACGGCUACCGCAUUUUCAAGCGGAUAUACACAGAUGCUUUAGAGGGUGUGAAGGUGGAUUCCGAAGCGAGCCGAUAGUGUAGGUAAAAUGUUGUGCAACGAAUGCUAUCCAUAUUCUCAGUGUUCAAUCAGGUGGGAUCUACCAAGACAUCGGAUUCGCUUCGGCUCGUGUCGUGCUGGCGAGUGAGCUGGAUCUGCAAAUGCGGGCGAGAGGGCAGAUCACCAGUCGUCGCUGAGGGCGCAUUCCGUAACAGAUCUUCUCGGUUUCAGCGUCAAAUGGAGGACAG